AUGAGUGACAGUGACGAGCGAGACUACGGACGCAGUUACUACAGCGACAGGCGCAGUAGCAGCAGUAACAGCAGUUACAAGAGAGACUAUGGUUAUGGCUGUGGAAGAACAGGUUCUGACAGCUCGGACAGCAACAAACGUGAGACUAACUGCCACGACGGUGGCAGCAGUUGGCUGAAAGAUGAAGACGACAAUGAAGGCGGAGGCGGGGAAGGAUUUGACUAUUCCUACAAUGAUCACGCCCGUCUGAACAGCAUCAGCAGUGAUCCAGGAGGGCUUUUUAAAGGCAGGAGAAGCAGCAGUAACAGUAGCAGUAAUAAGAGUGUGGGAGGUGGCUUUGACGCGUCUUACCAUAAGACAGCCGAUAGCAAUGAGUGGAGUUCAAGCAGAGGAAGGAAGUCUGGAGACGACAACAGCAGCAGGAACAGCAGUCAGGACAGCGACAGAUACCGAUUCAGGUUUGGCGACAACGACAGCGACGACGGCAGAAGGAAAAGGAAGCCAACAACGUCGUAUUUGGAGGACGAGACGACCACACAUGGUCAUGACGACCUUCCCUGUUGCUGUGUUGUGUUAUGA